GUAACAUAAAAAAUUUGCCACUCUAGGCUUAAGUCUUACAAGCCCAGUGGGUAAUCCAUCACUGAAUACGUAAAACUAUUAAGUUUGAUUGUCAAAAAUUAAUUGAAUCUUGCCUCAUAAUAAAUAAUAUAUUAUACUUUAUUUUAUAAUUAUAAUAGUUAUAUAAACUACCUUCUUAUGGACCAAUAUAAGUAUUGGUUUAAUCUCAUAUUAAAAUGCCACCAAAUUCUAUUGCAAAAACAUCCCUUAUUGUUGGAGGAUUAACAUUUCUGGGUUUUAUGGCUGGAGGAAGACUUGGUUCUAUGUUUGGAGCAGUUAUUGGGACAGUUGUUUGUUCAAUGUUAAAUACAGAAGAACCAAUAAGAAUCCAAGAACCUCGUGCAGAAAUUUCUCGUGUUACACCUUAUGAUCGUCCAAACAAUAAAAAUCGAAAACAUAAAGCCAAUAAGUCUAAAAAUGAAGUGUAUGAACCAUCCAAAUGUUCAAUAUGUCUUGAACCAUUUAAGCCUUCAAUUGUAUUAAUGCCAUGUUCUCACAUGUGUUUUUGUGAUGAAUGUUUUGAAAAUGCAAAAAAUAAAAAUGUUUCUACUUGUCCAAUUUGCAGAAACAAUAUUGAAAAUAUUAUGUAUGUUUAUCCUUCAUAAGGAAUAUUCUAACCAAUGAAAUUUAUUAGGUAAUAUUUAAUUUAAAAA